AUGAAGAUAAAUGAACAGAAAGAGCAGUAUGAGAUAAUUCUUGAUGAUUCAUUCAAACUUUCACAGAAGGUAGUGGAUAGGAUCCAAGAAGUAAAGAAAGGUGAUGCUAAGGCAGAUGAAGAGUUGAAUCUGCUUCAUAAGGAGAUGGCUUUAGAUACAGUGAAGUUAGUGAAGCAUAAAAAUAAGAUGAAAUUGGGACUUUACGAUUUGAAUCAGCAAUUCAAAGAGGAUAAAGUGAACAAAUCAGACAAGCAGUACAAUAAUAUCAAGUUGGCCAGUCUCAAGAGACAGAAAGGUAAAAACUCCUCCAUGAAGGAAAAGUUUGAGACUUUGAUGAACGAAUUGCCCAAGUUCAAGACGGAUAAACUUGCAUACAAAGACAAUAAGUUCACACGAAGUUUGAAAAGUGAUUCUUCAGUGGUAAAGCAAUCUAUUGAGAACGGAAGAGCUGAAGAGUAUGAGAUUACAGAAAGAGAUGUUAAGAAGUUUAAGAAGAAUCUUCAGAGAGCACAAAAGAAGAAAUUCAAACUGGUCGUUUUGAAUGAUGAGUAUUAUGAGCAGAAGAUCACAACGCUAAAUGGGUUGAAGAUGAAAUGGGAGUCCAGAUUGGAGAAGAUUCGGAAGUUUAGAGAUGAGGCCAUAGAGUUAGGCGAGCGGGUAGGAUCUAAACUGGCCGAAGAAGGAGAAGCCAACGAGAAGGAAGCCACUGGGGAAGCAGUGGAUGUCACCGAGGAGGCCACUGGGAAAGCCACCGAGGAAGCCACCGAGGAAGAAGAUGGUGUCAUCGAGGAAGCCACUGGGGAGGGAGUGGAUGUCACCGAGGAAGCCACUAGGGAAGCCACCGAGGAAGAAGAUGGUGUCAUCGAGGAAGCCACUGAAGAAUCCUCUAGGGAAGCCACCGAAGAACCCACCGAGGAAGGGGAAGAUGUCUAUGCCGCCAUCGACAGUAUUGAACAUUCUCCAAAUACGGAAUCACGGGAUUAUACGCGAUCGGGGACUGAGGAAGAACAAAAUUCAGGAACAGAUCCAGAAUCUAAACAGUCUUCAGUAGAGUCCGAGCAAGUAUCUAGUAAAGGUCAAACCGAAGACCAAGAUAUUCAAAUGAUCGAUCAAUAG